AUGACAUCUUUAAAUAUUGAUUGGAAGCCAAUAGUUGGAAUGGAAUUCAAUAGCAUAGAAGAAACUUAUCAAUUUUGGCUUGCUUAUAGUGCACACGUUGGCUUCAGAGUUAGAAAACGUUAUGCAAACAAAAAUAAAGAUGACACUAUAUCAUCAUGUAGAACUGAUUGCAAAGCAAGAAUUUCACUUGGAUGUCAUAAUGAAAAGUUUGUCAUUAAUGAGUUUGUAAAGGACCACAACCAUCCUCUACAACCUCCAAAGACAACACACAUGCUUACAUUACAUAGAAGGAUAACUGAAGUACAAGCUUAUGAGAUUGAUAUGGCCAAUGAUUCAAGAUUAAGGUAA